AUACAGACUGCUUCUACAAACAUUUGGGAAAGACUGUGCAAUAAGUCCAUCCAUAAAAUGUCCUUGCUACUAAAUAUUCCAUCGUCAACUGUUAGUGGUAUUAUAACACAGUGGAAGCAACUGGGAACAACAGCAACUCAGCCCCAAAGUGGUAGGCCACAUAAAAUGACAGAGUGGGGUCAGUGCAUGCUAAAGUGCACAGUGCUGUGACAGCGUGAGGAAAGUGCUGCCAAGAACUGGCAACUGUAUUUACUUUGUGAUCAGCUG